AUGGGUGUUGGAUUGUUGGAAAUUGGAGUUAAAAUGAGAAAAUUUGUGAUCUGUACAAUCAGAGGAUGUUUUAGAUUAGUUUGCAGUCAUCCUCUCCUUGUGGGUCUUUUGUGUUUCUUGAUAUUUCUGCAACGAUCAUUUCCUUUUCUGUUUUCGUUGUUAGCGUCUGCGUCUCCAAUUCUUAUUUGUACUGCUGUUUUACUUGGAACCCUUUUAAGUUUUGGGCAACCGAACCUACCCGAGAUUGAAAAGGAAGAGAAAACAAACGAUGGGAUCGUAUCUUUGAAAACUGGGUUGUCCGGGAAUUCUACUGUAGUUGAGAGAAGUGAGAGCUACUCAGUUGAGAGAUAUGAUGAGAAAAGAAGCAAUUCAGCAGAGAAGUUGACAGCAGAAUUGAGUUCAGAAGCUGGUAAAACUAAUGAGGUUGAUGGACGUGAUAGUUUGGAUGAUACUGUGCCAUUGAUUGAGGAAAGAUCCCGGGAAAUUAAAUGGGAGAAUAAGAUAACCGAGGAAGCACAAAGAGAGUCGGGUGAUUCGAGACAUGAGCAGGAGAGAGAAUUAAAAGAAGAGAAACUUGAUAAUGAGAUACUUUCGGAGAAUCAGUGUCCUCCUAUUCCUAAUGAUGAACAUCUUGAAUCAGAUGACGAUAAGUCACAAGCUGAUUCUUUUGAUUCUGAGAGGGUAAAUGUAGAUUCUCUAGAUUCUCCUCCUCGGUCACCAUGGAAACGAAUAGAAGUGGAGGAGGAAGAGAAAGCAGAGUGUGGGAUUUUAGAUUCUGAGUCUGAUAUGGCUGAGAGUUCCUCUCCAGAUGCUUCAAUGACUGACAUAAUUCCGAUGCUUGCUGAACUUCACCCACUUUUGGACGAAGAUGUUCCUCAACCUGUUCAUUUGUCCCAUUAUGGAUCUGAUGCGGCGUCAGAACAUUUUCCAAAAGCCAGUACUGGCAGUCAUGAGUCGGCUGAUGAGACCGAAAAUCGCGUGGACCUAGAAGUUGCAGAUGAUGAUAAUGAAGAUGCUGAAUAUGAAGAAGAUACACUAGGAGACAAAGAGGAGCAGAAGAAACCUGCUAUUACGUGGACGGAAGAGGACCAAAAGAAUCUGAUGGAUCUGGGAAGUUCUGAGCUCGAAAGGAAUCAGCGGUUAGAAAAUUUAAUUGCAAGGAGGAGAGCAAGGAAAAAUAUGAGCAUGUUGCUGGAAAGGAACUUGAUAGACUUAGAAAGUGUUGAUCUUCCAUUCAACAUUGCACCAAUUUCAACAAGAAGGCAUAACCCAUUUGACCUUCCUCAUGAUAAUUCUGGGCUACCUCCGAUUCCUGGUUCUGCUCCAUCUAUUUUAUUACCAAGGCGAAAUCCUUUUGAUAUUCCUUAUGACUCAAGUGAAGAGAAGCCAGAUCUUAUAGGCGAUGAUUUUAGAGAGGAGUUUAUGACAUUUCAACCAAAGGAACCGGUUUUCCGUAGACAUGAGAGUUUUAAUGUGGGACCCUCAAUUUUUGCUCCAAAUAGGCAAGAGAAGAGGGAUAUCAAAUUAAGGCCAUAUUUUGUGCCGGAAGGGAUGAUUUCAGAAGAAACCAGCUUUUCACAAUUUCAGCGACAAUUAAGUGAACUUAGUGACUCUAAGGUGAGUUCUGUUCCCGAAACAGAAUCUAUUGGUUCGGUUGGGGAUCUGGAAGAUAGAAAGCUGGCAGAAGAAGAUAUUUCUGAGGAACCAGAGGUGAUUUCCAAGACACAAGUCAUUGAAGAGGUCAUAUAUCGGGAGAUUGAGCUGAUUUCUGAGAUGAAAGACAAUGUUGAAGAAGAUAUACCUCGGGAACCAGAGCCGAUCUCCAAGAUUGAGGAUGUUUCAGAGUAUGUUGGACAUGGAAGCCAAUCUUCUGAAGACGUAGAAUCCUUGGAGUUAGGCCAAGUUGAGAAGAGAGAUGCUGAUGUUGAUGAGCUUGAUAUUCAAUUGGGAGACAUGGAAAAUCCUUAUGAAGAAGGAAAUGUAGCCAAAUCAGAGGAAGUCCUAGCAACUGAAUUUCAUUCAUCUGUAGAAGCUGGUGAACAGAGAUACAAUAGUAGUUCAAGCUCUUCAUCAUCGUCAGAAGUGAGUGAAAUGAUCGUCAUUGGGAAAGAAGGUGACGGUUUGUCAACAUUGGAGGAAAGGAGAGAUGCUUUUCCUGAAGGGCGAGACAUUUCAACUCACCCUUCACUGGAAAGUGCUAAUCAUAAUAUCAUUAGUGCAUCGGUUGACGAUAAUCCAUUCAAGGAUCCUGUUUAUGACUCAAGCCCCCAAGCAUUUAGGAAGAACCUUACUUUGUGUGCUACGUCCUCUGAUGUGCAUGAAGAGUCUGAACAUGGUUUGCUGCCUGAGUUGGUUAAGCAGACUGUUUCUGUUAUUGAGAGAGAAUCUGAAGGGAGUAGUCGGGAAACGGAGGACAGUUCUAAUACCAUCGAGAUGUUGACUGAAUUCUCAAAGCCGCAUCCAGUAGAUAAAAAUGAAUCAGGGACAAAGAAUCUUGUGGAUAUAAGAGAGAAUGAUAUUAUGGACUCUGAAAUCUCAGGAUUUGACCAAAUUCAUGUGGAAUCGCCUGCUGAAGCUUCAACUGAAGAAACUAUUUCGUAUCAACAUAGCAGUUAUCAGCAUGCAAAAGGUGAAGUUUCAAGUUCAAGUUUCACUGAAGAUAUUCAUGUCAUGGUUGACCCUGUCUCAGAGCAGACUUUCAAGUCAUCUGCAGAAAAAAACUUGGUUCAAUCAGAGGAGGAAAAGCAUUCUUUGAUUUCUGAGGAAGCUCCAGUUAUUCAACUCAAUACACCUCCUUUCACGAUUCAAUUGCCUGACGAAAAUUCAAUUGACAAGGAAGAAGCUGUUCGGUUUGUUCAGUUCCAGGUUCAAUUGUCUGAUUCUGAUGUGAACUUUGAUGUGGGUUUUCACCAUGAAGCAGAAGAGAGGCUGAUUUCUUCACAUUAUACUGAUCAAAAAUCAAUUUCUCGCUCUGAUGACGAACUGGCUUUCACGGAUAAACCAAUGAAUGAACCACCUUUCGACCACUGUAAUGAAGUGCAGGAAGCACCUAAUACCAUGUUCGAGUCAAUUGAGGGAGCAAGAACUAGAGACAGCUUGAACAUCCCAGAUGUCAAAAAACUUGAUGCUGAAGUCCUGUCAAAUGUCAACUCUCCAUCGAGUCCAGAAUCUAUUUCGAUUCCAUCAGAGGGCUAUGAAAAUAAAACCCCUGCAAGUUUAUCGAAUUCGAACACGAUCACCAGGGGUGAAGUUGGAAAUGGUGAUCCAAGUUCAAAAUUAGAUAAUUCCAACUUUCCAGCGGAAGCAAUGAGUUCUAAUGUUGACGAAUAUAUUAUGGUUGAAGCUACGGGUGAGAUCAAGGAAAUUGAUGGACUAUUGUCAGAGUUGGAUACGGUUGGUGAUUUUGAUGUCAACCAAUGUCAAUCAAGCCUCGACAAGUUUGAAAAACCCGUGGAUUCUUCUGAAGAAAGCCUUUCUUCACCACAUGAGGCUACCGAUGCAAUUGAACAUGUUGGUUCAUCAAAUGGAGGAUUUGCUGGAAAUGAUGCCCAGGACUCUACUGACCAAAAGGAAAUCGAGCACGAUUUGAAUUCCGAAGAAAAUAAUUCUAGUAUGCGUAUAGUUGAAGUGCGAUCCAUAGAAGAUAUUGAAUCUAUUUUUAAGGAAUACAAAUUAAAAUCCAUGGAAUCUGAUGUCGUGGAUGUAGAGCCUGCGAUAAUGCAUCGAGAUCUAGUUGAUGUAGAUGCCGAUGCUGUAAUGCCGGAACUCGAAGCACAAACACUUCAAGAUAGUGACUUGGUGUUUAAGAAAAUCGGCAAGAGAGAAAUCGAGAAGCCUAUUGAUGUUGAGCCAACCCAUGCUGAGCUGGUAGGGGAGGAAACUGAAGUUGGAGCACCAAUUCUUGAAGUUCUAUCGACUGAAGAUUCCAUUUUGGUUCCGUCGCAAGGCCAUGAUAGUAUUGUUCAGACACAUACCCCGCCUGAUUCAGUUGAUGAUGCUCUACAUGCGCUGGAGUCCAUGGACAUACAAGGACCCCCUUCAGAAUUUCUUGCUGUGGAUCCAAUACCUUCUGAAGAUAUUAAAUUGGUCCCAAAGAAAGUCGAAGAAGGUAAUCUAGGUAAAAUUCUGAAGCCAAAUUUGGAGGAUGGAUCAGCUGAAGUCAGAGCGCAUGCAGUAAGUUCGUCCAACCAGGAUGCGGAAUCAAGUAUUAAAGAAGAUGGUGUAAAAGAAGUAGACACAGUUUCUGCUGAAGAGCCUGACUGUGAAGUUGAAAUACCUAAAGACACGAGUUCAACUACAUCUUUAAAAGACUAG